AUGGACUUCUCCAAUUUGAAAGACCAGGUCAGCAACCUGACCUUGUAUGAUCUCAAGGCGGGAGUCCGCAAAGUGCAGAAUGCUGUUAUGAACUACACGGAGAUGGAGUCCAAGGUCCGAGAAGCUACAAACAAUGAACCGUGGGGUGCCUCGACCACAUUGAUGAACGAGAUCGCCAGCGGAACUCACAGCUAUCAAUUGCUUAACGAAAUUAUGCCCAUGAUUUACAAGCGAUUUACGGAUAAGACAGCGGAAGAGUGGCGGCAGAUCUAUAAGGGCCUCCAGCUUCUGGAGUUCUUGGUUAAGAAUGGAUCCGAACGAGUUGUCGACGAUGCCCGAUCCCACAUGUCCUUGAUCCGAAUGCUGCGCCAGUUCCAUUUCAUUGACCAGAAUGGCAAGGACCAAGGUAUCAACGUGCGCAAUCGAUCCUCCGAGCUGAUAAAGCUGCUGGGCGAUGUCGAUUUGAUUCGCUCGGAGAGAAAGAAGGCCAGAGCCAACCGGAAUAAGUUCAGCGGUUUUGAAGGUGGCAUGGGUGUCGGAAGUGGCAUGACUGGUUCAGGCGGUCGGUACGGAGGAUUCGGCAGCGACAGCUUGUCCUUUGGUGGAUACAGUGGUGGUGUCUUUGGGGAUGGGGGUGGAUUUGGAGGCGGCUCGAGCGACUUCCAGGAUUCAGGACGGAGAGGCAACCGGUUCGAUGAGUACGACGAGUACGACGAGGCAGAUGCUACUCCCCCGCCCCGACGUGGACCUAGCCCCUCAAGAGCCAAACGUGAGACCAAGCAGCCUUCACCUCCCAAGCCCAAAGAACCUGAGCAGGAUCUGUUCGACUUUGGCGACGACGAUGUUACUACUACGACCACCGCAUCUACCGCCGCCGGCAAGCAGCCCGCGGCCAGCGGCAGCAGUGGCUUGGAUGUGCUGGACUCCAAGCCAAUCGACGACGAUGACUUUGACGACUUCCAGUCCGCAACACCUGCGCCGCAGCCUGCGUCCUCCAACCAAUUCGGUAUCCCUCCCCCAGCAUCGACCGUCAGCACCAACUCGAGCACUCAGUUCGUCGCACCAAAGCCCGUUUCUGGAUCCCAGGGUGCAAACCUGAACGGCUUGGUCGGGUUCACCUCCAUGUCUCCCACGCCGACUGGAAGCACUCUUGCAUCUCCAACCUCCUCGACUGGGUUCCCUCAGAGCGGAUCCAUGAUGCAACCGCAGAAGCCAGCCCAGCCCAAACCCACCGGCUUCCAAGCCGCUACCCCGAACUACUUCACCUCCGUAUCUACCGCGACCACCGCCCAGCCUCCCACCGGCACCUCAGGCCACAGACCCGGCGCCUCCACAUCCUCCUUCACAUCCGCCACCUCCACGGCAGCAAGCAAGCCCGCAGCAUCCAAGUCCUCAGGCGGCGAUGCCUUCGGCUCACUCUGGUCCUCUGCCAGCGCAAGUGCCGGAAUCCAAAAGUCCAACUCUAACGCAAGCAAAGGCCCCAACCUGGCCAGCAUGGCUAAGGAGAAAGCCAGCGCCGGCAUCUGGGGUGCCCCCGCAGCUUCCACCUCUCCCGCCCUGGGUCGACCCCAGCAGCCACAACAGCAGCAAGGGGCAGCGAAGACUGGUAGCUCGGGAUUUGAUGACUUGCUGGGUUAG